AGGGGUCAGUGAUCUAAAAUGAGUCUGGGGCCCUGCUUCAAAAAUGAGUCUCCCUGGGGAACAUGACACCAAAGCUAAGAGUCCAAUCAAGCAGGAGAGACCAGCCUCCCCUGUACCCAGCUGUGUGUUCAUGAAGAGUGACUGUUCUAUGCUUGAACCUAUAACGUUUAGAGAGGGAGACUUUUCUACUGAACAAAGUCCAGAACUCCCACAAGGCUUUGAGAGUCAGAGGGAGGAUGAGGAAGUGGUGAAUGCUGAAGAUGAGAAGCAGGAGAGCAGUGCCAUAGAGAGGGACAUUUCUGACACACUGGAGAAAAAUUCAGAUGAUCUUACUGUGAUUUGUCAACGUGAACUCAAACUUAAUCUAAAGAAGAAGUUUCAAUGUGUAUUUGAGGGGAUCGCUCAACAAGGAAACCCAACACUUCUCAAUAAGAUCUACACAGAGCUCUACAUCACAGAGGGUGGAACAGGAGAGGUCAAUAAUGAACAUGAGCUGAGACAGAUUGAGACAACAACCAGGAAACAAGCAAGACCAGAGACUGCAAUCAAAUGUAAUGACAUCUUCAAACCCUUAACUGGACAAGACAAACAUAUCAGAACUGUGCUGACAAAGGGAGUCGCUGGCAUUGGAAAAACAGUCUCUGUGCAGAAGUUCAUUCUGGACUGGGCUGAAGGAAAAGCAAAUCAGGAUGUCCAAUUUGUUUUUUCAUUCCCUUUUCGGGAGUUGAAUUUGAUGAAAGAGGAAAAACACAAUUUGAUUGAACUUCUCAAUCACUUCUCAACGGAAACUAAAGAAUCAAGAAUCUCCAACUAUGACAGGUACAAAGUUCUGUUCAUCUUUGAUGGUCUGGAUGAGUGUCGACUGCCCCUAGACUUCCAGAAAAACAAGAUCUGUUGUGACGUCACAGAGUCAACCUCAGUGGAUGUUCUGCUGACAAAUCUCAUCAAGGGAAAUCUGCUUCCCGCUGCUCUCCUCUGGAUAACUACCCGACCUUCAGCAGCCAAUCAGAUCCCUUCAGGGUGUGUUGACCAGGUGACAGAGGUACGAGGGUUCAAUGACCCACAGAAGGAGGAGUACUUCCGGAAGAGAUUCAGUGAUGAUGAGGACCUGGCCAGCAGUAUCAUCUCACACAUAAAGACAUCAAGGAGCCUCCACAUCAUGUGCCACAUUCCAGUCUUCUGUUGGAUUUCUGCAAUAGUCCUUGAACACAUGCUGAAGCAUAAGAGAGAAGAGAUGCCCAAGACUCUGACUGAGAUGUACACACACCUUGUGGUGUUUCAUACCAAACAGAAGAAUGAAAAGUAUCUUGGGAAAGAAGAGACAGGUCCACACUGGAAUCAAGAGAGCAUUCUGUCACUGGGAAAACUAGCUUUUCAACAGCUUGUGAAGGGCAAUCUGAUUUUCUAUGAAGAAGACCUGAAGGAGGCUGGCAUUGAUGUCAAUGAAGCCUCAGUGUACUCAGGAUUGUGCACACAGCUCUUUAAAGAGGAAUGUGGGCUGUACCAGGACAAGGUGUACUGCUUUGUGCAUCUGAGCAUUCAAGAGUUUCUGGCUGCUCUAUAUGUAUUCCUCUCAUUCAUCAACAACAACGAGAAUCUAAUGGCCAAACCACAAUCAACAUCCAGCAACUUUCUUGCUCUGUUCAGAGACAGGCGUGAAGUUACUUUCUACAAGAGUGUUGUGGAUAAAGCCUUACAAAGUGAGACGGGAAACCUGGACCUUUUCCUCCGCUUCCUUCUGGGCCUCUCACUGGAGUCCAAUCAGAAGCACUUACGAGGUCUACUGACAAAGACAAGAAGCAGCUCACAGAGCCAUGAAGAAACAGUCAAGUACAUCAAGGAGAAGAUCAGGGAGAAUCCCUCUCCAGAGAGGUGCAUCAAUCUGUUCCACUGUCUGAAUGAACUGAAUGACCAUUCUCUAGUGGAUGAAAUCCAAAGAUAUCUGAGCUCAGGAAGUCACUCUAGAGGCAAACUGUCACCUGCACAGUGGUCAGCUCUGGUCUUUGUGUUGCUGACUUCAGAAAAGGAGCUGGAUGUGUUUGACCUGAAGAAAUACUCCAGAUCAGAGGAAGGUCUUCUGAGGCUGCUCCCAGUGGUCAAAGCAUCCAGAGCUGCUCUGCUGUCAGGCUGUGGAGUCACAGAGAAAAGUUGUGCUUCUCUGGCUUCUGAAGUUCUGAAGUCAAACUCCUCAUACCUGAGAGAGCUGGAUCUGAGUAACAAUGACCUGAAGGAUUCAGGAGUGAAGCUGCUCUCUGUUGGACUGGGGAAUCCCCACUGUAAACUGGAGACUCUGAGGCUGUCAGGCUGUCUAGUCACAGAAGCAGGCUGUGCUUCUCUGGUCUCAGAUCUGAAGUCAAACUCCUCACACCUGAGCGAGCUGGAUCUGAGUAACAAUGACCUGAAGGAUUCAGGAGUGAAGAUGCUUUCUGCUGGGCUGGGAAAUCCCCACUGUAAACUGGAGACUCUGAGGCUGUCAGGCUGUGGAGUCACUGAGGAAGGCUGUGCUUCUCUGGUCUCAGCUCUGAAGUCAAACCCCUCACAUCUGAGAGAGUUGGAUCUGAGUAACAAUGACCUGAAGGAUUCAGGAGUGAAGAUGCUCUCUGCUGGACUGGGGAAUCCCCACUGUAAAUUGGAUACUCUGAGGCUGUCACGCUGUCUCGUCACAGAGGAAAGCUGUACUUCUCUGGUCUCAGCUCUGAGGUCAAACCCCUCACACCUGAGAGAGCUGGACCUGAGCUACAAUCACCCAGGAGACUCAGGAGUCAGACUGCUCUCUGCUGGACUGGAGGAUCCACACUGCAGACUGGAGAAACUCUGUGUGGAACAUGGUGGAGAGUACACAAUGAAACCUGGGCUUAGAAAAUAUGCCUGUGAUCUCACAAUGGACCCAAACACAGUAAACAGACUCCUCUCUCUGUCUGAGGAGAACAGAAAGGUGACAUGGAGGAGAGAGGAGCAGCCGUAUCCUGAUCACACAGAUAGAUUUGAGGACAGGGAACAGGUGCUGUGUAGAGAGGGUCUGACUGGGUGCUGUUACUGGGAGGUAGAGUGGAGUGGAAAAGGGGCUGUUAUAGGAGUGACAUAUAAAGGAAUCAGCAGGAGAGGAGAGGGUAAUGACUGUGUCAUUGGAUUCAAUGACAGGUCUUGGAGUCUACAAUGCUCUGACAACAGUUACCAUGCAAGGCACAAUGAUAAUCUCACUACAAUAGCCAUCCCCUCCUCCAGCUCCCACAGAGUAGGAGUGUAUCUGAACUGGCCAGCCGGCACUCUGUCCUUUUACAGAGUCUCCUCUGACACACUGACCCACCUGUACACAUUCCACACCUCAUUCACUGAGCCCCUCUAUCCAGGGUUUAGGGUUUGGUAUGACUCCUCAGUGUCCCUGUGUCAGGUGUUCCCUGUGUCAAACACAACAUGAUGUUUCACUCUUAAUUCUGGUCAUGUUCAGGUAGACACACUGGAGCAACAAUGUAGAAUAUCUCUCUAGUGUGUAAACAUAUGAUUGUAAAUAUUCAUGAAUACACCAUUGAAGUUGACAGACAUUGUCAACUAGAGUCAGUCAUUAAUAGAAUGAAUCACCACACUGUGUUGUAAAAACUGUUUUCAUUUAGAAAUCACUGAUCUUGUUGUUAUUGGACUUCUUGGUGUUUGUAAAUAUUGUUGUCUGUAGAAUGUUAAUUUGUCAAAUUCUUGACACAACAAUCUUGUUUUUGUUUAAACUCAAUUCCACUGAAAGAAAUAUACAUG